GCUGCACAAAAAUGGUGAACGACAGGUGCGUCGCUGCGUUUAAGCCCGGAUGCAUGUGUCAGUGCGGCGGUAUGUGCGCUGGACGACCCGCUGCUGCUGCUGCUGCUGCAGCUGCAGAGUGGCUGCUUGGUCAGCAGCAAAGAUGUAUUGAUGAAGUAUGCAUAAACAUCCUUUGGGUUCCUUGAAUCGAGGGAUGUUGCAGUGAGGAUGCUAACGCAGUAAUAGAUGGGAGUACUUUGAAGGUACAACACUUCCUUGUGGGACUGCCAGCAUUUAUAUUCCUGGGGUUUAAGCCUCAGAAUGGAGGGGGGUUCUUCUCAGUCUCUUGCACCAGAGUGACCAUCAGUACAUUUUUCACUUUAGUGGAGCAUGGCAACCUCUUUUUUCUCUUUUAAAUCAGGUUCAGCCAAGCAUUUUUUUAUUAAAUUCCCCAAAUUUGUAUUGAAUUUUUGUCACUAUAUCAACAUUUUCCUCACAUUUUAAACCAUAAAGCAAAAACAUUAGACUGUAAAUGUUCAUUUGGAAGCAUCGUUUUCCACUUUUACUAAGCAAUUGCAUUCAUUUUAGAAUACACACCCAUUUGAGCACACAGAAUCUACUUUUUCUUCCAUUUUGGAGAUGUUUGUCACAUAAUUAAUCCAGUAGUAAUCUAAGGGAGAUAGAGGUGAAUAGUCAGAAAACACACUCACGUGCAUGCACACACUAACACACAUGCACCUUACAGCCAUUCUGUCAGCAAGAAAAUGGGAACACUGGUAAUGAAGGCAUGUUGAGUGACGGGCUCUGAUGUUGAAUGAAAAGCAUGUCCUAAAGACUUUACCCUUUCACAAGAAAACCUCUUACUUUUGUAUCCCUUGGUAAAAAAAUAAAUAAAUAAAAAAUCUCACUCAUAGAAUUUUUAACAAUAUUAGGUUCUGUUUAAGGAUUAAAUUAAAUAUAAAGAAGGAUUAUUUGUAUAAAGUUUUAUUGUGAAAUGGGAGCUGCUAGAAAAACACAUUUGUAAAACCACUAUCUUUACUUUUGUAGCUUUUUAAGAUUUCAGUGCUCGCCUCUGCUCAGCUCACAGACCAGCUUUCUGUGUGAGUGUGUCACUAGAAGUAAGUUAAUGAGUGCCCAACCUUGCAUGUGCAGAUCUCAGGUCAGAUCAGAUCUCCAGCAGCACACAGGAUUGCUUUCUCUUCCUCUGGGUGUGGAGCGGACUCCCAUUUGAUGCACGCUGAGGAGGGUGGGUGUUUCCCAGCCCCGGCCACUCGGAUGUUAGGAAAGAAUAGCUUUCUGCAUCCUACUCAGUCUGCUCUCCUGUCUCCCUCGCUCUCCCCCUCGUUUCAUCCAGCCUGUCUGAAAGUGCAGAGAGGGUGGAUUUCCACAAACCCACGUUGGCAGACUGUGUGUAGAAUGCUCCAUGGAUUUAACUUGUGAAGAAAGUUUUUGAAAAAGGAGGGACUUAGUAGCAGUUAUUGUCACUGUCUUUGCCAAAGGAGGCACCGCCGUUAAGAUUGCCCGCUUCUACUGCAGUAAAAACAAAAUCGAUGACUGAGAACUCUGCCUCUCAUGAUGGACAAGACAGGUGCUAAUGGGAUUCAGACCAGUGCCAAAGAGGGUGGUGUUCAGAGGAAGCAGCUGCCAUACUCAGUGGAGACUCCCUAUGGCUUCCACCUGGACCUUGACUUCCUCAAGUAUGUGGACGAUAUUGAAAAAGGCAACACCAUCAAAAGAGUGCACAUCCACCGCAGAAUAAAAGGCCCCGCUAAAUUCAGUACUUUGCCAAGAAACUUUAGCCUCCCUGGCCAUGGUGUUAGACCUACCCUGAAGGAAAAGGAUAGUGCAUGGCCUGGGACAUCCACUUUGGGACCAAAACCUAAAUCUCGGGUAACAGAGGUCCAACAGAUCUUUGACUUUAGGGGAGGUGAAGGAGGAACGUCUAGUUUUAGAGGACCAACUAGUCAAGGAACUGGAUUUGUGUCUGGAAAGCCCAGAGAAGAAAUGGGUGCUGGUACACAAGGUGUUGAAGACAAUACAGUAAGUCAAAGUCGGCCAAAUCUUCUUAGAGCAUCGAGCAUGCCCAUCACCCUCCAACAGCGCAAAGGUUCUGAUUCAAGCAGCCCUGACUGCACAACGGGAACACCUGAAAAUGGAUCAACAGAGAACAUGUUCCGUCCUUCACCGGACAUCACAGAAAGACGGUGCCUCCCACAAGAUCGAGCCGGUCUUCACCAGCAGAUUACUGUGGCACUAAAACGAGUCCGAGAACUAGAGGAGCAGGUCAAAACCAUCCCUGAACUAAAAGCUCAGAUCUGCUCAUUGAGAGAAGAGAGGGAAAAACUUUUGAAUCAACUGAAAGUCCAGACCCAAAUGCCUGUUUCUGCUUCAUCCUCUGCAGCAGCCAAAAGCCAAGAUGCUGCCACAGCCAUCCAUGUUAAAGGACCUUCAGUGGAUAAAGACCUGUCUCUUUUGACUCAAGACUCUGGGGGUUCAGAGGUGGCCAAAACUGUAUUUGAAGAAAAAGUCACAGAACAAGAUGAUGUAGCAACAGCUAAAGAGUUAUCUCAGGAGACUGCCAGAGCGCAGAGACUAACAGAACCGUCUGAAAAAUUAGACAAACAAAAAGAGACAUUCGAGCAUGCAGAGCAGAAGCUGCCUCAGGGCAUUCAAGGACAGAUGAUGAAAUCAUCUGAGGUCAACAUUAAAGAAAAUGAGACUCGCAAUACUAAAGAAAGCAAUACAGCAAAGGAGAUAAGAGUUGAGGACUGGGAUGGAGCACAGACGUUGCAGGAAAAGUUAAUGACACUGGAGGCAAAACUUACUCAGGCAAGCCAAGAACUAGAGAGAACUAACAAUCUUCUGAAGCAACAAAUACAAGAGAACAAAGCAAAAGAGGAGAGAAUUUUACAACUAAGCGAAGGAAUGAGAGUAGAAAUUUGUACCACACAAGCACACGAGCAGACGAGGAGAAGAAGCAUUGACAUGGGGACGGUUACAGAGAGAAUAGAUUGCACUAACCAGGAAACAGAGACAGAAUUACCUUCUACAAUAGAUCAAGGGACUGACACCGAUAGAAUCUCAGUGGAAGUUUGCGUACCCAAGCCCAGAACCGGGAGCAUAGAUCAAGGAAUGGUGACUACAAAAGUUGACACACACGACCAGACGACAGAGAUGGAGGCAGAAAUUAUGUCAGUGAUUCCACCUCGCCCCAGAGCCAACAGCAUGGAACGGGGCACUAUAACAGAGAGCAUCAUCACUCAGGAUCAGAUGACUGAGACGCCUGUAGCUGAGAGGGUAAACCAAGUCACAGAAACAGAGGGAGAAACGGUGACCGACCAUCCACAGAGGCCGAGAGCCAGCAGUGUAAAUCAAGGGACAGAGACAGAAAGAGUGGGUACUGUCGACAGGGUGACAGAAACAGAGAUAGCACAGAGGGCUGACCAGCAAACUGAGACACAGACUGAGAGAAGAUUGGACAAUAACCCGGCCAGAAGUGCAGAGGCACAGAGUGAAGAUGGAGGUGCUGUGGACAGUGAAAGACCAGAAGACAAAAGAACAAAUCAAGCAACUGCAGUGGAAUCUAAAAGUGUGGUUGCAGAGGUUACCGUAGAGAGUUCAAUUGCAGAAAGUACACUUGUGCAAACCGCAGUUAUAGAGGCCUUUAGUCGUACAGAAGAGACUCCUAGUCCUAGUCCCGUUUCUACGACAGCAAGUACUCUUGCAGAAGUCAGCCCAGUACAUGAUGACUCCAUAGCAAAGCAAAGUUCACAGAUUACAGAUAAAGAGGAACCAGUAAAAAUAGUUGAUGUAAGUCCAUCAGCCAAGAACAAGGUGAAGACUGAAGAUGUCUCAGCACCAUCAGAUAGCUCAGUAGUAACAGCAGUGGUUCCUGUUAGACCACAAAGAGGGCGGAAACCCUCAACAGAACAGGCACACCCAUCUAUUCAAAGUCAGGCAGGAUCUAUGGGCUCUCAAACAGAAUCAAACAAAGCGCAAGCACAGCAGAUCCAAACUAAAACCCAGCCCCAGGUUCGGGCCGUGGUUCAGGAAAAGACUCAAUCCCCUAUGACGUCCUCUGGACCGCCUAAAAAAGAUCAAGUCCCAUCAGUAUCUCAGGUUGAAGCUCAGAGUCCCACAGUGAAACUGAGUGAAGAGUCUAAAGUGAAGUUGCCUAAAGCACAAUCCAAAACGGAUGCUCAGAAAUCUUCAUCAGGUCCGAGUGAAGUUCAAGCUAGGCCCAAAUCCAUUCAAACCCAAUCUCAGUCUCAAGCAUCUGCAUCCCGUCGGGACUCAAAAGAGAUGAAAGCACCACAGAAGGGUGUGUCACAGCCUUCGAGUCGUUCUUCUGUGGAUACUAAAACCCACCCAACUCGACGAGUGUCUGAUGCUCAGUCUCAGGGGACACGUAGAUCUUCCAGUGAAAGCCAGCCGCCUCACAAAGGUGUGGGAGAGACACAAUCCUUGCGAAGAAGCUCCAAUGAGGCGGCUCCGCGUCGGGGCUCGAGUGAAGCUCAGGCCUUACGUAGAGAAUCUGGUGACGCCCAGGCUGCUCGCAGGGGUUCUAGUGAUUCCCCAACGUCUCCUGCAGCCUUGGGCCAAGUUGUAACUCGCCUAACUGGGCUUCUUGGAGAGCAAUGGGCACAACUGGGGAGCAGUUCUGGAACUCAACAGAUGGCCAGCCAGCAGGAGGUCCCCGUUGCACAGAAACAGACAGUGGGCAAAAAGGUUGAAGCAGGAAAGGGAACUGCAGCCAAGCCGGCAGGAAAAUCAGCUCCAGCAGCAACAGCAGCAGCAGCGACAACAGGGAAGCCAGCAGGGAAACCUGGUCCUUCUAAAAUGAGCUCUAUUCAGAGUCAACUGGUGAGCUCCCUUAGUGUUCUGUCUGCCUUCUACUCCCCAAGCCAGAAAGGAGCUGCUGCCAGCAAACAGCAAGAACAAGGUCUCAAAUCCAUUAUGAAGAAAAAUGGGGCUGCUGACAAGCAAGGAAACAAAGGAGCCAAGAAAAACCUGAAGUUUGUUGGAGUCAAUGGAGGCUAUGAAACGACAUCCAGCGAAGAAUCCAGCGGAGACGAGAAGUCAAAAGUGGAGGUGGAGAAAGGAGAGGAGGAGGAGGAGGACAGCCUGGAGCUAAAGGUGGAGAAGGAAAAGGAGCCAGAGGAGGCAGUGGAGGUCCAGGAGGGAGACGCAGAGGUCCCAACCGAGAAGGGGGAUGAGCCCGCUGACCAGAAGGAGGUCGAAAGAGGUCUGAUGGAUCCAGAAGGAGGACACGAGCUCCUGGAGGAGGAUGAAGGGGAGAAAGUGGAUAAGGGUUUCAUUGACGCCUGCGUUUACGUAAAGGACCGCAUGGAGGAGGUUUCAUCUCCAGAUAAAGAAAUGCGUCAGGUGCUGGUGGUUCUCUACCAGGAGUGGUUCAAGGUUUCCAGUCAGAAAGACUCUCAGGCCGAUACUGUCAGGUUAUACCUGCGGCAAGUGGGACUAACAACCCCUACCCUCCUGCCAUAUGUGGUUAACUUGACAGACGGCAACGGGAAUAUGGCUCUCCAUUACAGCGUGUCACACUCCAACUUCUCUGUGGUCAAACUGCUGCUAGACACCGGUCUGUGUGAGAUAGACAAUGUGAACAAGGCGGGCUACACACCUGUGAUGCUGGCUGCCCUGACGGCUGCAGAGAGUCCGGAUGAUCUGGAGGUGGCUCAUCAGCUGCUGAGACUGGGGGAUGUCAAUGCACGCUCCAGACAGGCAGGCCAGACAGCACUUAUGCUUGCAGUGAGGCAUGGCCGUGUUGCCAUGGUGAAGCUGCUCCUCAGCUGCGGUGCGGAUGUAAAUGCCCAGGACCGCGAGGGAUCCACGGCCCUGAUGUGUGCCAGCGAGCACGGACACACACACAUCGUCCGGCUGCUGCUGGAGACCGGACGCUGCGAUGCCAGCCUCACAGAUAAGAAUGGUCGCACAGCUUUAUCAGCAGCAGAGGAGGCCUCCCACCAAGACAUAGCCGAGCUCCUCAAGUCCGGUCCCUCUGAGCCCGCCUCAGGCGCCAGCCUCCUCUGAGAACCAGACAAGCUCCACAGCCUUCCAACUUCCACCCAAACACUCAAAAAAAAAAAAGGCGAGGAAACUUCAUUAAACUUCUAGGACAGGAGGAGUUUCUGUCACGGCCUUCCCACCAUGCCCUGUGAGUGGAUAUGCUGCAUCAAGUGGUCAAGUGUGGGUGGAAAACCGGAUCACCAUGGCGAUGGAAGUGACUUCAGACAGGGUGGGACGAUGGGUGACCAUACUCCGAGCUGCUGCUGCUGCUUCUCCUCAUCGACUCAAAGCAAAAUAAUAAGCACAUGAUCUACCUUUCAGAUAUAUAGUACAUUAUUUUCUGUUAUGGCAUUAAUAUUUUUUCAGGUUUUAACCUAAGCCAUUGUUUGAGAGCAUAUUAUAACAUAGAAUGUUACUCUAACGAAAUAUAAUCCUAAAAAGA